AUUGGCUUCCUAGCUCGUCAUGCGCCAUACCAGCCAUGGAUCGCAUGCAUUGAUUGGGUGUUUCAUUUUUCUUGGUGUUGUGCUUGGCUGCUGGAAGGUGGAACCGGCAGGACAUAGUUUUGUACACACCAGGCCGUGCACGAAGAUCCAAAGAUGUCCACGGCUUUUCGCAUUUUUCCAAGGUGAUGGUUUCCGACCUGACGAAACCAUCCCCUUUACUCAGAGCAGUGCCAAUGAUGAAGCGCAGGAGAAGGGGACCAGGCGCAAAGGUGGAGUCGACGAGAUCGAUGAGGAUUCGGAAAUUUUCAACACUGGUGUGUUCAAUCCCUAUGAAAUUUUGGACCUUUCACCCAUGGAUGAGAUUGGUGAGGAUGAGUUGCGUGCCGCGUUCCGCAAGCAGGCAAAAAAGUACCACCCAGAUGUGCCGAAAACAGGAGACGCAGAGAAAUUCCAACUGAUCAAAAGAGCAGUGGAAGAGUUGGCAUCGCUGGGAAUGCUGGGAGAAUGGAAAGGCAAGAUGCCCUCAGCAAAUCGCCGCAAAGAGCGAGGCCAAACAGUUUCUGAGGAUUAUUGGGAGUUGCGUGGGCGAGACUUCUUCGCCGAGCUCGAGACAGAGCUUACUGAUGAGCUCAAAAUGCGAUUCAACGAGUCCGACAAAGAUCUGACAAAUGCACAAAUAAGAGCCCGGAUGCGUGUGGAGGAUGACUAUUGGGAGGAGUUGCGCAUUCGUCAAGGAGACAAACUUGUGCUUGAACGAGUUGAAGACUGGAUGCAGCGGAAACGGGAGCAGAGGCGACUUUUGCUUCGGCAGCGGCUUCGUGGAAUAGUCCCGGAGGUCGAAGAGCGCUCAGCCCAGGCAAGCCACAAGACGCUGAGUAUGGUGGAGAAUCGCAUUGCGCAAUGGCUCGGACUUCCUGAGAAGAUGCUUUCUCUAGACAUGACACUUGACGAGCUGGGCUUCUUCGACGACUCUAGUUGGGACGACGUGGCAGUCUGUUUGAUGCUAUUGGAGGAGGAGUUUGAGGCGGACAUCGUCAAUGUCGUUGAGAAGAAGGGCCAAUCAGGCAAGGUUCAGCUUCCAGACUGGGUCGGAACAAUUGAAGAUUUCGCAGAUUUUGUAGAGAGCAAAUUAUGAGAGCUCCGUUUCACCAAAAAGCUCAGUCAGGGC